AUGCCGGCAGUGACUGCGACACGAGCUGGGACUGGGCGGCGUCAGCGGUGGCCGCGCCCGAGCUGCGAUUUGAGCCGCACUUUGCUUCCAGCGUCCCGGUGCGCGUGCAAUUUGCAGCGGCGAGCAAUCACAGGCGGGCACGGCGGGGUUUUCGCUGCGGCGGCCAGUUCGAGGGCGUGCUGCGUGAGAAUUCGGCGGGCGGCAAAGGGAUUGGCUGCUGCCGCCUCAAUUUGCAACGCCCGUCCGGCCACCUGCCACCUGCCACCUGCCGCCUGCCACCUCGCACCUCCCUCCGAGUCCACGCCCGCCCAGCCCCGAGACACCUGCAUCGGCAUCCGAGUCAGGCCGGCUAGCGUUGCCGGUUUGUCGCUGCUGCUUCGCUGCUGCUUCGCUGCUGCCGCGCUGCUGCCUUGGAGGGGAGAAUUGCAAGCUCUCGCCGUUCUCGCGUGCUCUCGCUCGCUUGCGCUCCGUGAAUCGGCCUCCUGUGUCUGUGACCUCGUCUCCAGCCGGCGCGAUAGCCACUCCACCAGCCCGUCACAGUCACACGGGGUACGGGCCACGAGCCCUCAAUCGGAGGCGAGAAGCGGCCCCCAAGCUCGAUCCUCAUGCACAGAAUCCAGCCGGGCCUCGCUCACGCGUCACAGCCGAGCUUCGUUGCAGAUCAUCCAUCGCGACCCGGUCGCCGUUGGAGUCGUGGGAGCUGUGCCUCCCAUCAACUGGCUGCGCGCGGCGCCAGGUACCGCUGUUGUCCUGUCACGCACUGCGACGUCCCUAGAGCAGGGUCCAAGCUGUCUGCGACACCAUGGAGGCUAUCGCGAGUUUCGCCCAGCCCAAAAUGAUGACAAAAUCCAUGCCGCCAGCCCCGCUGCAAACACGAUUCCCAGCAUGCUGGUUCGCCCGCCCUGGGCUCCUUGCACGGCUGGCAUGUGUGCCUCGGGCUCUAUCCCCAGGCCGUCAACCUCCGGCCGCCUGAAAAGCAAAGACGAAAGCAAAGCCGGGGAUUUGGGCGCCCGUGGAGCACAAGAGCCGGUUCUUCCGCUUAUGUUUCGUCGUCUUACAGAACGAGUCCGUAGACUAGCCAGUACACAAGUGUAUUAACCUCCAAUCUAACAGGACGAGAGGAUGCCUCUGAAUGCUCCAAAAGAAAUUUGGACGGGAUAUCAAGUUUGUCACGCCAUGAUCCAAGCGAACACUAGAUGCGCUAUUCACACCUGUUUAGCAGUGUCUGAAAGGCUCAAAUCUUAGUUAUCACGUGAUCUCGUU